UUCCAAGUUUCCGCUUCUCAUCAGAGAGUCCACGUCGGAUACACCACAAAGUCAGUGGAAAGCACACAGAGGAGCAAGCGAGAGAGCGAGAGUGUGAGAGAGAGACGAAUGGAGACCGGCGGCGAAACGGCUCUUUCCUCAGGGCUCUACGGAGAGAGAGGGGCAGGAGGGAAGCUGAGGAAGCCGCCGUCUCGAAAGCCGAGUACGACGCCAUAUUCCCGUCCGCCUUCGAACGAAGCCGCGCGGGGACAGCGGCGGUGGCUGUCGGGUAUUGUCGAUCCGGCGUAUCGGCUGAUAUCUGGAGGCGCCACUCGGCUCUUCCCCUCCUUCUUCUCCAAAUCGAAUUCCGUCAACGCCCUUCCCUCGCCCAAUGACCAAAAUCACGAUGAGCAGCACACGGAGACGGAACAAAAUGCUAUUGGCGAUCGUGAGGACAAUGCCGAUGUAAAUAAUGGGAUCUCCAGAACAACUGAAAUAGUAGGCCCUAGCAAAAAAUCAGAUAGAUUAAUAAGUUGUUCGGAUUUUGAAGGGAAUAAGAAGAGUGACCAGUCUGAUGAUAUUGGACUUUCUGAAAUUGAGCAGUUAUUGAAGGGGAAAAAGUUUUCUAGGGAUGAAGUCAAUCACUUGAUGGAAAUUAUACAUUCGAGGGCUGUUGAACCUCCUACUGUGGAUCACAAAAAGAAAAACCAAAGCUUUAGUACUGCUGAAAAAGCCAAGUGGCCUUUAAUUACAAAUGAUAUUCCAAAGUCAUCUGAAGAAAAGCAGGAAGACUGGAAUAAAGCUAUUUGGCCAACCUCAACCCCUCUACCGCAGUCAGCUAUACGAGAUCAGGUUGGUGCUUCACCUGUUGAAAUUGCAAGAGCAUUUAUGGGAAGCAGAAAUUCAGAAAUUGAUCUUUCGUCAAAGAAUGCAAUGUCAAAAGAUGAAAGGGCCACACUGCAUGGCGAUGAGUUCUCUUCAAAACCAUUUCUUCCAACACCUUCUUAUAAGCCAUCGGCAUGCUGGCCUGGUUCUAUGGUACAGGAUCAGCGUGAUUAUUCAACCCCACAGACUGAAAGAGGCAGAUUUGGCCUUCAUAAUCUUCCUCGAACUCCUUAUUCUAGAACUAUCUUUUCAAAAUCCAAAUCCAAACUAACUCAAUUACAAGGUGGUAAUGACAGAACCCGAAGAACGUUAUCUACUCCAUUGAAACAAUCGCAGACUCCUAUAUAUGGGCAGCCAAGGGGUGAUACAUUGGAUGGUGGCUAUGGAUCAGCUGGACCGGUUCGUAGGCUGCGACCUAAAUCUGCUUCACAAAGUCCUGCCACAGGGUCUCCGUAUGUUCACUCCUCUCCAUUUGGGCCUUCACGGGGGGAGAACUCCAGUGCUACCAAAGGCUUCUUGCCUGCCGCCAAGAAUUUUGAACUUGGAGGAUUAAGUGGCAACUCCCAAAUCCAAUCAUCAGACAGGAAGUCUUCCAGCUUUGGUGUGCCAACUGUUCAUCCACAGUCUAGCCUGAUUGCUAGGACAAUCUUGGAGCACAUUGAUAGAAACCCGCCCACUCCGAAAGAUAAGUCAGAAGAGUUAAAGCUAGCCUUUGCAUGGAAGAAAACCCCGUCUUCUGGUGUUUCUUCAGUCAUCCAGAAUGGGCAUGAUAGCUUACCAGUUGGAGGGUUCAAUUCUCGUAAGCUUAUAAAUCAAGAUUACCAGAAAAAUUCUGCUCAUGAGAAUGCUGACAAGGGGAAUUCUCUGUUUAAGAUUCCACCUGUGGAGAACACUGUAAAAGCCACCACUGUUGCAAACAAUAUCCCCGCUGGUGAUGGGAGGGAUGGAAGAUCCUUAAGCAAGAGUACAAAUGAGGAUUUUCUGAAGAUUGCUCCAAAUGUUGUUGGCUCUGGGGUGCUAAAUCAGCAAAACAAGCCUGCAUUUCAAUCUUUAGAGGCUAAACGCGCGUUUCCUUCUAUCUCUGUUGACAAGCCUGAAUCAAAAUGGGCCUUUUCUUCUGGUAGCAGCUCUGGCUUCACUUUCCCUGUCUCUACAUCGUCUGCAGUGUUUUCUGAACUACCGACACCAUCCUUUAUGCCAUCUUCCCUGGCAAGCAGUCAGCAUCAGCCAAAAGAAGAAGGAGAUGCUGUUCCUACUUACGAUUUUGGAUCCAAGAAGUCCGAUCCCCUUGUAUUUGCAUUCCCUUCUACAAGUGCGGAAGUUCAGAACGAUGCUUCAGAUAUCAAGUUCAGUUUUGGAUCAGAUAAGCCAAAGUUGUCUUUCGGUUCAAUAGGCAAAGAUGCCAUCUGCUAUUAACUAACAGGAAGACGUACUAGCAUUUCUUUUCGAGUAUAGGUUUAAGAUUUUCGUACUUCAACCCUUGCCUCAUUGUACACCUUGGAAUUGAGUGAAAGCAGGACAACUAGUAUAGCAAGUGUGCAUUUCCCUUACUCAAAUAGUCCAAUCGUGAAUGAAUCGGUGGAUUCUGGCCAGGUCUCCUUGGUUAUUCAUACCCCUACAUGUUUACUACUUUGUAUUAACAUGAACAUGUGAUGUGAGAGGUAAUUAUAUAGAGACAUACGACCGGUUAUGUGUCAGAAUCUCUCUAGAUUUCCUUAAACUCUCUCGAGCGCUUGUGCAUCUGGUCGUUAAAUUCAGCAAUAUGCUAUACAUUUGUGUGCUCUAGAGUUUUCGAACCAGCAGCAGUGUAAAUUGUAAUGUGCUUCAAGUGA